CACAGGCUGAACACUGAGCAGACAUGGAAGCUGUAGCUGGACUGUUGUUGAUGUUGUUCGGAGUUUCUCGUGCUUCUGUGUCCUCUGUCCUGCUGGUCUCUGAGUGUCUGUCCCAGGGAGAGAUGAGGGUGUCCUGCUCCUCUGAGGGAGGGGACAGUCCUCACUACAGCUGGACUCUGGAUGGACGCACACUGACAGAUGCUGAGAUCCUUUCUGGAAAUAAUGAGAGUAACAUCAUCACACUGAAACAGCACGUGUCAGGAUAUCUGGCCUGCUCAGUCAGCAACAACAUCAGUAAUGUCUUCAAUAAAGAGAGGAUAUCUACUUGUGGCUUUAUUUUCAUUAACUGCACUUCAGUCAGCGGGACACAGAUAUCAGAGUGUGUGCAUAAAACUAAUAACACUGUGUGUACUGAACCAGCGCAAAGUUCUGUGGGCAAUAUGUCAUUGAUUGGUGGUGGUCUCUCAGCUCUGGUAAUUUUCAUAGCUGUGAGUGCAGCGAUCAUCUGCUCAGAGAAAAAGCAAAACGACAAACGCUUAAAACAAAACGAAAAUGGAGAUGGCCAAGAAGUCUAUGCUGAUGUUGGUGUUGUGGCAGGUGAAGCAAAGGGAGAAAAUAGCAGAGCUGGAGUUAAUCAAGUCUUCAAAAUGAACUUGCCAGACUGAAACAAUAGGAGAUGGUUUUGUGUAUGCUAACAUCCAAAAAACGUACGGUAAUUUAAGCGGUCACUACUUUUACAUAGACUGCAUCACUCAAGGUCCAUGGAGGGAGGAGGUGAUGCCAAGAUGCCUAGAGGUCUUUCAGUUAAUGUGAUUUCCCAUCAGACAAAUAUAAACCAUCAAGGAUCACACUUAUUGAUUUAUUAAUUUAUCUUAUUUUCACUGUAUUGUACAAAAUGGUUCUGUUGUUAGGGAACCUCUACAUUUACUGUUACACUACUACUGUGACUGUUUUCCACACUAUUUUUAAAUAAUUACAUUUAAAAUAAUUUAAAUCAUUACAUUUUGUAAAAAGUUCAGUGCAGAAAAACUUUUGGUCAUUGAUGAAAGAUCCGAAUGCCCACAGCUGACUUUUCAGCCACAGAAGAAGAGAACACAUUAUAUUAAAGGUUUGUGGUUGUAUUUUUUCUUUGAUAUCUGCACAAUAAAUUUUACAGUCAAAACAAAAGUAAUUUCCUAACUUAUUUAAGUACGGUUGUGGUGGGCCGUGGUAAGCGGUGUCACUGCAGGGGAGGGAGCACCUGAACAGCAUCCGCAAUCACCCUUCACCAGCUUAAAGUCUGUGUUCUAACUGUUGUCAUUGCUGUUGGUGGUGAUGUGUGUGGCUGGCAGCUGUAGAGCUGCAGCCGUGUGUUUGUGACAGCAACCGUGAGAGAGUAAAAGUGUCAAUAAAGUAUGCUGAAAAGCAUGUUCAUGUAUGAAUCAUCAAAUCUGCUGUGGUAUGUUUACAACAGUUUAGUUCAAAUUUAUGUAACAUUAAUUCAUAACGUAUGUCAUCUCAAGAAACAUUACACAAUAAAACCUGACAGUAUUAUAUAUUUGAAUGUCAGACUGUCAGAUUUGACUGUUUAUUAUAGAGAUAAUAAUAACAAUAUUGAUUAUAUUCUGUCACUUAGGAAAGUUACAUGAUCAGCAUCUUGUCAACUUAAUUGUAUUUUCAAUUAGCUCAGAGCCAGUUUACCACAUAACCCUUUAGGUAAGAAGAUCUUUGACACUGUAUUACAAGCUCAGUCUCAAUUCAAAUAUCAACAAAAUACAUAAACUCAAAAUAAAAUUUACACAGCUUAACUCUGCUUCUACAGUCAUGUUGAAGCUGAAGAUGAAAAACUAGACAUAAAGAAAGUCAGCAUGGUUAGAGUGGUGUAGUCUCUCCUUUUUUCUGCUUGUCAUCAGAAAACAUCUGUGGCAUAUUUAUAUAUUGGAUAAAAAUUAAACUGUUAACCUGAUAUAGAGCAUAUAGAUUUUAGGAAUUAAUGUGUAAAUAGUGUUCUUAAAGAGAACUUUACAAAAAUAUCACAAAGUAAAUAAAGCUUCUUCUGUUAUGUGAAAAUACAGGCUUUGAUAUAUUUUUCCUUAUGUACAGCUACACUGUAACAUUUGUGCAUUUGUAGAAUAUAUCAAAUAAUAUACUCUGGAUUGAAAAAUCUUUAUUGAAUCCCUCCCCCGUUCUCUCUGUCUCUUUUUUUGUACAAUU